UGUAAAUGCGACAAGCCAGCUAUGUGAUGUUGAGCGAAUCAGUGUAAUUUAAAGCUUAUAAAAUUUGUUUUAGAUUAACAAAAUGAAGCCCAAAUACGAAUUCGACGACGAUGUUGCAUCAAUCUGUGAAUCGACGGCUGCCUUAACCGAGGGCUGCCGUCUGUCGGUGCGCAUGCACAAAACUGAUGACUGGCCGCUGGCAGAGAUCGUCAGCAUCAAGGAGUUGGAGGGUCGGCGUCAGUUCUACGUGCACUAUGUGGACUUUAACAAGCGCUUGGACGAGUGGGUCAACGAGGAGGACUUGGAUACGCGCAAAGUGCAAUUUCCGCGUCGCGAUGGCCCACAAACUGGUACCAGUACCGGGGUGACGACGCCCAAGCGUCAUCAUUCGCUUGCUGGGAGCGUUUCACGGCCAACAUCGCCGCAAUCGCUGUCGGGUCAUCAUGGCGGCAGCUCCAGCGUGGGCAGCGCCGUCGGCGGUGGAGCAUCAGGUGGCGGUGGCGCUAUGGGUGGUGGCAGCGGUGGCGGUGCAGAGCUGGUGAAUGGCAACAAUGUGCUAGCGGCGGCGUUGCAAAAGCGAAACAAUCGUCGUCGUAAGGUGCACACUGGAUCGCAGCACCUACAAGCGCUGCAGCAGCAACAGCAACCGUCGCAGCAACAGCAGUUGCAGUUGCAUCAACAACAACAACAGCAACAACAGUUGCAGCAACAGCAGCAGAUGCAGUCGCAUCCACAACAACACUUGCAGCAACUAGCAACGUCACAGCAGCAGCAGCAGCAACAGCAGCAGCAACAGCAGCAGCAGCAACAGCAGCAGCAGCAGCAGCUGUUGCAACAACAGGUGCCGUCGCAUCAGACGCCAAUGCAAAUCAACUCGGAUGUUAGCAUGACAACAUCAGGCGUAGGAGUUGGAGGAGCCGGUGGAAUGGGAACAGGAGCUGGAGCUGUUGUUUCAGCAAUUGAGGAUGGCUCACAGGAUGGGAAAAUGGCGACACCGCGUCAAUCGGGCAGCAUGGUCACACAUCAGGAUGAUGUCGUUACACGCAUGAAGAAUGUGGAAAUGAUUGAGCUGGGCAGACAUCGCAUUAAGCCGUGGUAUUUCUCGCCAUAUCCGCAGGAGCUGUGCCAGGAGCCCUGCAUCUACAUAUGCGAAUUCUGUCUGAAGUAUUGCAAGAGUCGCACUUGCCUCGAGCGUCACCUGACCAAGUGCCAUUUGCACCAUCCACCCGGCAAUGAGAUCUAUCGCAAAAAUACCAAUUCCUUUUUCGAGAUCGAUGGCCGCAAGAAUAAGGUUUACGCACAAAAUCUGUGUCUGCUUGCGAAACUCUUUUUGGAUCACAAAACGCUGUACUAUGAUACGGAUCCGUUUCUAUUUUAUAUUAUGACUGAAUUCGAUUCACGCGGCUUUCACAUUGUCGGCUACUUUUCGAAGGAGAAGGAGAGCACCGAGGAUUACAAUGUCGCCUGUAUAUUGACAAUGCCGCCAUAUCAGCGCAAGGGAUAUGGCAAGCUGCUCAUCGAGUUCAGCUACGAGCUGUCCAAAUUUGAGGGCAAAACGGGCUCACCGGAGAAGCCACUCUCGGAUUUGGGGCUGCUCUCUUAUCGUUCCUACUGGGCCCAGACCAUACUCGAGAUUUUGAUCAGCCAGAAUCCCAGCACGGAUGGCGAGAAGCCCACCAUAACCAUCAACGACAUUUGCGAGUGCACCUCGAUUAAGAAGGAGGAUGUCAUCUCUACGCUGCAGAAUCUCAAUCUGAUCAACUACUACAAGGGUCAAUAUAUUGUCUGCAUUAGUCGCGACACCAUCGAGCAGCAUCAGCGUGCGAUGGUUAAGCGCAAGAUACGCAUCGACUCCAAGUGCCUGCACUGGACACCCAAAGACUGGUCGAAGCGCUCCAAGUGAAUUCGCUAUGCUGCCGCCUGACACGCAAAUUAAUAACAACAAUGAAUUAACAAACCUCCAAACUGAAAGUACAAUAAAUGAUUGCUUGCAGCGCUUGCAUCAUCAGCAUCGACAUCAUUAUUUUAUAAUAUUUACUUAAUAUUAUUUAUUUCACUGUAGUCGCUUGAAAUGAGAAGUUCUCCAAUUCUAUUAUUUUAAUUUUUUUUUUUUAAGAAUUUGGAAUUCCUACUUUGCAAGGAUAUGUUUUUUAUUUUAUUUUUAUUGCAUUUAAUUAUUUGAACAAAUUUUGAAAUGGAUUUCGAAGUCCUGUUGAAAAGUAUUUAAUUUCAUUUUUUAUUUUGUUUUUGUGUUUUAUAUGAGGACUCGCAGAUUCAAAAGCUAAACUCGGAUUGAACAUUUUGAAUUCUGGAGCCUUUUAAAAACUUUAAUAAUAAAACCAUAGAUUUAGUAUUAAUUUUCAAGCGACUACAUCUUACAUAUUAUAAUCAUAUUAUUUUUAAAAAAUAUCAAGAAGUUGUGAUCACUUAUGUUCCUUUUUAUUUUUAAUUACUAAUAAAGAAGUUACCUAAUUUAAGGUAUUAUAAAAAAA